AUGGAUGACCGCCAAUCCGACCAUGAUCCUCCACGGCACUCGAGGCAAAACUCCCUCCAUGAGCAGCGCAUGGCGAGGCGAAAAACGGCGACGAGUCACAGCUCCGACAGGAGCAGCAAUGAGUCAAGGAAUCAUCAUAAUGGACUGCCCGCCACGCCGCCGCCUCGUCUCAUGUCGACCCCCAGCGCUGGCUCGUCAUCCGCCGGGGCGUCUUGUGGUGUGAUGAGUUCCCUACAGCGGGAGCUGUCUCUCUCUAGCUCACAUGACCAGCAUGACGGCGUGUCGAGGUCUUCCAGCCGUUUAGCCUUGGCUCGACGGUUGAGCCACCUCGCACAGCAGCUCACCAGCGAUGGCGUGAUUGACGAGCACGCCUUGACAAGUCAGCUGGGUCAGAUGGAAAAGGCCGUUGCGCAGUCGCCGCCCCGGAGUAGAUUCUCCUCGCCGCAUCACCGCCGACCAGGUAGCCUUGAGUCGGAACGUGCCGUGGUACGGAGCCACAGCGAUCUUGGUGGCUCGCUGGCGAGCUCACCCGACUCGUCAUUGUACCGUUCACGGUUCUCCAAUCUGUCGGCAUCCCUCAUGAUGAGAGAAUCAGAGCCUGCGCUCGAGCCCGAAGUGACCCAGGAAGUACAGAAACCGGGUUUAACACCACGGCAGCUGAAUAAGAUCAUCUCCGAGGCUACAAAGCUCAAUGAAGAGCUCGCCACUGUGGUUGGUAACCUCAAAGCACGGCAGGAAGAGUCAAAUGUACACGAGGGGGAGCUCCGAGAUAACGACGACGAGAUACAACACCUGCGCAUCUGCCUCAAAGCAGUCGAGGUACAGUUGCCGCCAAACCCCGAUCCAGAUAUCCAGCGCUGCAUCGCUUCUUUCAAGAAGGAAUACCAGACCUUGCGGAAGAAGCGACUCAACCGCAGCAUGGAGCAAGGCUAUCACAAUGGCCACGGCUUAGGAGACGUGACGCCAUCACUCACAAGAUGA